CUGGGAAAAGAGGCACAUGUGAUGCACUGAUUUCCUGCCCGUUUCCUGGCCUCUGGGCUCCUCGCCUUCCUCUGCUCUCUCUCUCUCUCUCUCUCGCUCUCUCCGGCGGUCCUCCUGCGUCGCCCAUCCAUGCAUUAAAGCCCUUUUGGAGGUGGCACCAUGCUGCGUCGGAAGCCAUCCAACGCCAGCGAGAAGGACCAGGUCCAAAAGAGGAAGCUGUCGCUACAGCGGUCCAGCAGUUUCAAGGAUUUUGCCAAAUCCAAACCCAGUUCCCCACUGGCAAUCAACAAGGCAUUCAGCCUCGAAGAGGAAGAGGUUCUUAAAGACAACCAGUCCAACUCACCACCGAGCCCAGAUGAUGUGGGACGCUCAAAGCUGGGCAAGAAAUGGAGAUCCGUCAUCACCCGCACCAUGAACCGGAAGACGGGCAAGGCGAUGGCUAAAGCAUUGGUAGAUCAGGGACACGAUGAACCGGACUCUCCUACGUCUCCAGCCUACAGUCUUGUUGAAGAAGACCUUCCCACCUUUUCGGUUACAAACCAGGAGACUAACAGCCCCAGUGCCUCCAAUGAAAGGGAAUUGUUCAGUCCCAUGUCGUGCAGCCUCGACAGCAAGGAAGAAGCCAUCUCGACCCCAUACAACGGGCCCUUCUGUGGAAAAGCCAAGGUUCACACAGAUUUUAUUCCCAGCCCCUAUGAUAAGGACUCUCUGAAACUUCAGAAAGGGGACAUCAUCCACAUCAUUUCAAAACCUCCCGUCGGCACCUGGACCGGCCUUCUGAACGAGAAAGUGGGCUCCUUCAAAUUUAUCUACGUCAGCAUCAUCCCUGAAGAGACCGUCCCGGUUGCCAAGACUUAUUCGCGGCACAGGAGCAAAAGGCCAAAGCCCAAAAGCUUGCAAGAGCUACUGCAACGGAUGAACCUUGAGGAGCACACCUCUACACUGUUACUAAAUGGUUACCAGACCGUGGAGGACUUCAAGGAGCUGCAAGAGAACCACCUGAAUGAAUUGAACAUCACUGACCCACAGCAUCGUACCAAGCUGCUUACAGCGGCUGAUCUACUUCUGGAUUAUGACACAAGCAGCGAGGCCGAAGAGGAAGGAGGCACCUUGGAGGGCCAGUUACUUCCCGGAGAGCUCAAAGAAGACAUUCCCCGCGAUUCCGGCUGUUUCGAAGGGGCGGAGACCUCGGACAGCGGGAGGGAAGAAGACGGAAAGCUUGAGGAAGGGCUGCCAUGCCAUUCUCUGGCCACUUCGGGCUGAGGGGAAGGCUCCUCCUCCUCCUCCUCCUCCUCCUCUCUCCUCAUCAGGAGGCCCGGUUGGCUGGCAAGCACAAGCCGUUGUUCCAGGAACACGCCUCGGUUCCUCCCUACCCCGAAAGACAACCGCUUCAGGCCGAACUGCUUCACAGCUGGUAAGUGCUGGCUGGUAAAUUAAAGAGAAGGUUCGGAUCCAGAGUCCUCCCUGAUCACUGAACCAAAGACUCCGCUGCCACACUCUUGCGUGCCAGGGGCUCCUCUGCCAGACUUUUGC